AUGGUUAAAGCCAUCCGUGUCAAGCGUCAAGGACCCGAUCGCCCGUCCAUGGUUAUAGCCAUCCGUGUCAAGCAUCAAGAACCCGAUCCCCCGUCCAUGUCUCCAGUCAUCAAUGUGAAGCGGCAAGGACCCGAUCGACCGUCAAUGGUUAUAGUUAUCCAGGACAAGCAUCACGGUUUCGAUCUCCCAGCUAUGUUCAAGUCUCCAGCCAUCCAGGACAAGCAUCAAGGUUCCGAUCUACCAGCUAUGGUUAUAGCCAUCCAGGUCAAGUGUCAAGGACCCGAUCGCCCGGCCAUGGGUAUAGCCAUCGAUAUCAGGCGUCAAGGUUGCGAUCUUCCAGCCAAGUGUUCAGUCAUCCAGGUCAAUCAACAGGAUUCUGAUCUCCCGUCCAUGGUUAUAGCCAUCGAUGUUAGGCGUCAAGGUUCCGAUCUUCCAGCUAUGUGUUCAGUCAUCCAGGUCAAUCAACAGGAUUCUGAUCUCCCGUCCAUGUGUUCAGUCAUCCAGGUCAAUCAACAGGAUUCUGAUCUCCCGUCCAUGGUUAUAGCCAUCCAUGUCAAGCGUCCAGGUUUCGAUCUCCCAACCAUGUUUACAGCCAUCCGUGUCAAGCGUCAAGGACCCGAUCGCCCGUCCAUGGUUAUAGCCAUCCGUGUCAAGCGUCAAGAACCCGAUCCCCCGUCCAUGGUUACAGCCAUCCAGGUCAAGCAUCAAGGUUCCGAUCGCCCGUCAAAGAUUAUAGUCAUUCAUGUCAAGCAUCAAGGUUCCGAUCACCCGUCCAUGCCUCCAGCCAUUCAGAUCAAGCGUCAAGGACCUGAUCACCCCUCCAUGGUCAUAAUCGUCCAGGUCAAGCAUCAAGGUUCUGGUCUCCCCGCCAUGUCUCCAGCUAUCCGGAUCAAGCAUCAAGAUUCCGAUCUCCCCGCCAUGUCUCCAGCUAUCCGGAUCAAGCAUCAAGAUUCCGAUCUCCCCGCCAUGGGUAUAGCUAUCCAGGUCAAGCAUCAAGAUUCCGAUCUCCCCGCCAUGGGUAUAGGUAUAACAAAAAUCGAUGAGCAAUCACACUCGGCUUUAUUUAUUUCUAGUGUUGAAUCCACCAAGAUCAUGCUUCACGGAUCCGGAUUCAUGUCUACUCAUCCACGGCAAUUAUCAGGAUCCGAUUUUCAUGAAUUGUUAUAG